AUGGCAGAACAUGGCAAGAUCUCUCUCGAUGCGCCAUCUCUUGGCUCGGAAUUGGUAGGAACUUUGGAUGGUGAACACAACAUUGCACUAUUUCGAGGAAUCCCCUAUGCAACUUUGAACAAACGAUGGACGCACAGCGAGACGAGAAACAAACUCGAAAGUCCCUUCGAUGCCACUCGGCUCGGAUACCGCUGCAGCCAGCUUAGUGGAAUGGUUCUUGUCUCGGGAGGAACAAACGAUCCCCUCCCUGGCGAUGACGAAUUCAAAUGUCUCAACCUCAACAUUGCUGUUCCCAAAGAGUCGCUAGGCGCCCAAGGACCAAAGUCCCUCCCAGUAAUGGUAUGGAUUCACGGAGGUGGUUUCGCCUUCGGCGCAAAUUCAGUCUCCCGCUAUCGCCCUCAAGCACUUGUUGCACACGCGCGCAAUAACAAUACACCCAUCAUCCUAGUUUCAAUAAACUAUCGCCUAGGCGCGCUGGGCUUCUCAGCUUCCCAAGACCUUGCCGAAGAGGUCAACGGCGGGAGCAAGGCUCACCCUGUUGGAAACUACGGACUUAUUGACCAACGCAACGCCCUCGAAUGGAUAAAUCAUCAUAUCCAAGAUUUCGGCGGCGAUCCGGCGAAUAUUACAGUCUUUGGCGUGAGCGCAGGGAGCGUCAGUAUCCACUUGCACCUACUUGCCGAGCACGCGCUGUUUGAUAGAGCUAUCAUGAUGUCCGGCGCUGCGCCCAUAUUGAGCCCCCUUCCCAUGGAGUGGUAUCAAAAUGAGUGGAGCACCCUUUGCCGAAAUGCAGGCAUUGACGCAUCGUCGUCCCAGGAGCGGCUAGCGCAACUUCGCCAGCUAGAUGUGUCUGAAAUUCUCAAGCUUUCAAGCCCAGGUGUCAUGGGGCCGGUCGCGGAUGGCAAGCUCUUAAAGGAAAAUUGGAAAUACGAUAACAACGCGCCGAAUACGCGUUGCAAAGAAUUCAUCACUGGAGAUACAAACAUCGAGGCGAUUAUCUUUGACGGCUUGAUUAAACGUCUUUCACAAGAGCGCUUCCACCAAUUGGUGGGAGACUCGUUCUCCUCGCAGGUUGCUGGGGAGCUUUAUUCCAAAUUUGGAUUUAGUCGUGAUGCCCAAUCGGAAGAAGACUUCCGUAAAGCUUUCAGACUACUUGUUGGGAAUACACUAUUCAACUACUCCCACGUCGGCAUCGCCAAGUCCUCCCUAAAUUCGGAGGCUUGGAGAGACAAGGUUUAUCUUUACCAUUUCGAGGAACCUUCUCCCUUCCCAGGGCCAACCUGUGGUCUUUCAUAUCACGGCCUGUGUGCAAUGCUUCUGCAUAUGAACGAGUUGGAUAUUUGCCCACCUGCCACGCAGAAUGUCUCAAGAGAAGCUGCUAGAAUCUGGACAGCUUUUGCGCAUGGUAAGCAGCCUUGGGAGCCCUAUUCCCAGGGCCAAAAAUUCAUGCGCUUUGGUCCUAAAGGGGAAUCAACUCUUGAAAGCUUUGAAAGUGAUGACAUCAGAGAGUAUGGGUUUCAAGAAUGGCUUGGCGUCCAUAUAGAUGAAGUUGGCCUGUUUGUAAGAAAACUAGUGUUGGAUUUGGAAAACAACAAUAUCUAA